AUGCAAGCUGAAGAACAUAAUCAGGCGAAUACUUUAAUAAAAAUGGAUAAUAACGAAAUAAAUCGAGCUCAAAUAUCGUAUUGUUUAUCUUGUAUACAUAACGUAGAAAGUCAACAUAAUCAAUUAGUCGAUGAAUAUUUCAAAAUAAAAGACUAUCUCAAAGAUGCGGCAUCCAUUUUACAAUCGAAACCAUCAUCUGCAGCUCUGGUGAUCUACAAUCAUUACACAACAUAUUCUGAACAAAUAAUGAAUUGUAUUCGACAAAAACGGACACUAUUAACAAAUUUAAUCAGUGAUCUUAGUAAAACCGGACUGUUAGUAAAUGAUGAAGAUUAUGAAAGUGAUGAACUUGAAGAAAGUAUUGAUGAAGGAAUCGAUGAACAAUCGUUGGGUCCAUUAGAUAUAAGUACACGAUUAAUAAGUUUAGAAAACAGCUACAAUGAUUUAUCUGUAUGA